GGCGGAACCCGGAUGCUGAUGCUGCCGUAUCGGAUGAGGAGAAGGAAGAGGGGAGAGAGAAAAAAUAAAACGGUUUUGCGGCCAGAAGGGAGGCUAUCCCGUAACGGAUUGUGGAUGCAAAGAACUUCGACAGACAAGCAGAUAUUUUUUGAAUCGCUUCUGAAGCUACAUCUUUCUGUACAAGGACACCGGUGAAGGAUGAAUCUUGAAACCAGCGGCGGCAGGAGCGCGAACGGGGAUGCUGUGAUAUGUCCAUAGACGGCGAGGGAGGGAGAGAGCAAGGGAUAGAAGGGAGGAGGGAGGAGAGUACUACGCCAGCUAAAUAUUGUCAUUUUUUGUAGAACCACGAUUUAUUACAACCAUCCAAUCGAGCAUUUUACAUAAUAGAGAAAACGAUUAUUUCUCGAAAGAAAAAAUUAUUUUGGUCUGUACAGAAACGCAAGGUGAAAUUGUUGACAGACGUUGACUGGAGAAUACAGAUAAAAAUAAGUGUAGGCUAGUCCGAACGGGUGUGGAUAGCAGGGUGGCUGUUUUGACUCUCUGUUCCCCUCUAUUUCCUGAUACCAGGCCCUGGGAUAAUCCGAAGAGUGCACCGGAUAUUGGGAAAACCACCCCUCUGAGGCUAAAACGGAAUAUUACUAUUCAUAUAGCCUAAAGGGCGGAGCAGAGAUAGUUUUACAUACCAAAAUGGGAUAACAAGAGGUGGAGGGAGACUAAAAUAUGUUACGAUAAUAAGAUUCUUUACAAAUGCCAUUAGUAUGUUAUUAUAAGGAUCACUGAUGACAGUAACGGGUGUAGGCUAUGGGGUGCAGAAUUGUGUGCAAUCUAGCCGUUACAUGGAGCCUAUCUGAUUCAAUCAUUUUUGAUAGGCUAUUGCAGCUCCUUACAUCUAUCUGCCUGUACUAAUAUUAACAAUAGGACACAUUUAUUUCGUAUACUGUUAAUAAUAAUUGUAAUUCAUAAUAACUGGCAUCAUUUUGGACUUCUCAAAUAUGCACCUGUCAAUCUCCCUACGAAUUUCUCUCUUCCACUUUCUAACAUCCCAUUAUUUCAUUCCUGUUUAGUUAAUUCACGGUCGUUGAUAAUAAGCUGGAGUUUACCGAAUUUAUAUCACGGUAACCGCAUAGAAAAAGGCAAGUGCAUGGGAGUAGCCCAGCCUAGACGAUAGGCCACGAAAUUGUCAUCACGACUACAACCGCUCUCUCCAUUCCUCCCUGUGAUAAUAUCGCUAGGCGUCUGUAAUGCUAUUACCGUGGAGCCGUUCUACCCCGAGGACCGAUAGCUAUAAAUUCCUAUUGAAAACAACAGUGAUUUGAUCUCCUUAUCAUCAUAUAAUAUCGCCUUCAACGCACGGACAUCAUGACAAGCAAGGAGCUGUCGGUAGGCCAGUCGGCCCAAUACGUCGGGCCUUACCGGUUGGAGAAAACCCUUGGGAAGGGGCAGACAGGUUUGGUGAAGCUGGGAGUCCACUGUAUUACGGGACAGAAGGUGGCCAUAAAGAUUGUGAACCGAGAGAAGCUGUCUGAGUCUGUCCUUAUGAAGGUGGAGAGGGAGAUAGCUAUUCUAAAACUUAUAGAGCACCCUCAUGUGCUGAAGCUGCAUGAUGUUUAUGAGAAUAACAAAUACCUGUAUCUGGUGUUGGAGCAUGUUUCAGGAGGAGAGUUAUUUGACUACCUGGUGAAGAAGGGCAGACUGACACCUAAAGAGGCCAGGAAGUUCUUCAGACAGAUCAUCUCAGCGCUGGACUUCUGCCACAGCCACUCUAUAUGUCAUAGAGACCUGAAGCCUGAGAACCUGCUCCUGGAUGAGAAGAACAACAUCCGCAUCGCUGACUUUGGCAUGGCCUCCCUACAGGUGGGGGACAGCCUGCUAGAGACCAGCUGUGGAUCUCCUCACUAUGCAUGUCCAGAAGUUAUCAGGGGGGAGAAGUAUGAUGGUCGCAGGGCAGAUGUAUGGAGCUGUGGCGUUAUUCUCUUUGCACUGCUGGUGGGAGCUCUACCCUUUGACCAUGACAACCUGCGCCAGCUCCUUGAGAAGGUGAAGAGUGGGGUGUUCCACAUGCCCCACUUCAUCCCCCCAGACUGCCAGGCCCUGCUCAAAGGAAUGAUUGAGGUCAACCCUGACAAGAGACUCACGCUAGAAGCAAUACAAAAACACUCAUGGUAUCUUGGUGGUCGUAACGAGCCGUGUCCGGAGCAGCCUCCUCCCAGACGUGUGUGUGUGAAGAGGAUUGUGUCGCUGACAGAGCUGGACCCCGAUGUACUGGACAGCAUGCACUCUCUUGGCUGCUUCAGAGACCGGGGAAAACUGACCCAGGACCUGCAGUGUGAGGAAGACAACCAGGAGAAGAUGAUCUACUACCUCCUCUUGGACAGGAAAGAGCGUUACCCCAGCUGUGAGGACGAAGACCUGCCGCCCAGGAAUGAUAUAGAUCCCCCUAGGAAACGGGUGGACUCUCCCAUGCUGACCCGUCAUGGCCGGUGCCGGCCAGAGAGGAAGAGUCUGGAGGUGCUGAGUGUGACGGAGCAGGGCUCCCCCACACCCACGCGCAGGGCGCUAGACACCUCCGCACACAGCCAGAGGUCUCGUUCAGUCAGUGGAGCUUCAACAGGGCUCUCAUCAAGUCCUCUCAGCAGUCCCAGGGUCACCCCUCAGGGGUCUCCACUCCCCACCCCCCUGGGCACCCCCGUCCACCACCCCCCUCCCCCGCCCACCCCUCCCUCCUCCUCCUCAUCCUCCUCCUCCUCGCGGGCGGAGGGAGGCGGCGGGGGUGUGGGCGGGGGAGGAUCCCUCUCCCUAACCCCACCCUCCAGCCCUGGAGGCAGCGGGGGGAUGGCCGCCAGUAGCUCCGCCCACUGGAGGACACGCCUCAACUCCUUUAAGAACAACCUGCUGGGAUCGCCACGCUUCCACCGACGCAAACUGCAGGUUCCAACACCGGAGGACAUGUCCAGUCUAACUCCAGAAUCAAGCCCAGAGCUGGCCAAGAAGUCGUGGUUUGGGAACUUCAUCAGCCUGGAAAAGGAGGAACAGAUAUUUGUUGUCAUUAGAGACAAACCGCUUAGUUCCAUCAAAGCUGAUAUAGUCCAUGCCUUCUUGUCUAUCCCGUCCCUGAGUCACAGCGUCGUCUCCCAGACCAGCUUCAGAGCAGAAUAUAAGUCCUCUGGUGGCCCCUCCGUCUUCCAGAAGCCUGUUAAGUUCCAGGUGGACAUUGCCUUCUCUGAGGGAGAGAGGGACAGAGAAAAGGAACGAGCCGAGAGGGAAGGAAAGAGGGAAAAUGGCAUCUACAGUGUGACUUUCACCCUCAUAUCAGGUCCAAGUCGCAGGUUCAAGAGAGUGGUGGAAACGAUUCAAGCCCAGCUACUUAGUACUCAUGAUCAGCCAUCUGUGCAGGCACUGGCUGAUGAGAAGAAUGGGCAGCUGACCUCGCGUCCGCCCAGCACCCCGACCCGGCAAAACUCCCGACGUUCGGAAGGAGGCGGGGACCGGGGCGAGAGGUGUGAGCAUGGUGACGCAGGGAUAGGGGGCAGUGGGAGCGUGCUUCAGAGGAGGAGCUCGGGCAAAGACAAGACCAGACUCCUUUCCUCCAACGGGACACAGUCCCAGCCCUGAGGGAACAUUCUGGAAACAGACAGGAUAGGGCAGAUAGAGAGAGAUGACCCUAGCGAACAACACAGACAAAAUCCCUCAGACUACCACUAUCACCACUACCACCGUCACAUCUACCAAACCACCUGACCCAGCAAUCAUCAUCACAAACCACUGCUUCAACCUGAAACGGGCCCAACAAGAUAGUUGGCCACCAAGAUGGAAGAAAGAAAAUAGCGGAUUAGAGUAAAACGCAGUGUCACUCAGAUUAGUUUCAGAACAGAAGACAAGAUCAGAAAAAUUUCUAAUUGUACGUUUGAAGUACAACACAUCAUGCAACUGCCAACAACAAUAUGUAGCCAGUAAAAUAAGCGGGCAGACUUAUAUAGGGAAUGGCAGGCUCUGAAUGGUUAAAGGCUAAAUGGAUUUUUUUUUUUUUAAGUUAUCUGGUCUACAACCAAUAAGAUGAAAACCAUUGUGAAAAUUCCGAAAUAAUAUCAACAAUUAUAACAGUGUUUCCCAGUUGACGUGGAUCCACUUUUAAGUUUUACCUAACAUCGCUUUUUGGGACAGUGAGAGUGAAAUAUUACGGGUCAAGUCAAUUCAGUGGAUAUCAAGGAAACAGACAGGUUGGGUCCUUUCACUGGAUUCUCAUUAACGAUAAGUUACGAGAACAGAAACACGGUAGAAUUUAAGAUAAUGAUGAGGAACACUGCAUCAAAAUCAGAAUGAAGCGUCCAAAUGCAUCUUUGCAUCCAAGUAGCUCCAAAGAUGUCAAUACAGCUAUUUGAACAAAAUAAAGACAAAUAUCUGUUUUUCUUUAUAACUAAGCACCACAAUUGUAUGAUUCCUAAAAUGCAAUUGAAACAAACUUAUGAAAACCAUCUUGCCUUUAAAUGAGGAUUAAGCAACAGAUAUCUCUACAGAUAUCACCCAAGUCGAAGAAAAAUAACAGGCGAGGUAUGGAAGAAUGUCUCAACGCCCCCACUACAACUGACAUCUGGAAUAUGUAGAGAUUUCAAACAGAUAAUGGAACGUUAUAACUAGAAUCAUUAGAGUAAUACUAUGAAUGGAACCCUCAGCAGAUCCUCUGAAUGAUGAGCUCUGUUUACUUCAGUCCAAUGGAUGAUGAAGAAGAUGUAGUUCACAGGAAGUUACCUUCAUCUGUUGUUUAUUCCAGGAGGACUGAACCACAAGCACUCCACAUACAUUAUUGUUUUCUACAGAAAACAACCAACCCUCCCUCCUCCCUCCCUUACAUUCACAAUAUGGCCGACAUGGGGCACUGAAUGAUGCGGCUUUUGAAAAGGCCCUAAACUGACUUGUUCUGUUAAGAGAGCAGAGGGUGGUGAGGAGGUGGAAAAGCUCAUUUCAAGAAACAAAAAGAGACUUUGACUUAAGGAUGACAGAGAAAAACAUUGAAACCGCUGCACACUCAUUCCCAGGAGAGGAAAGGAACAGACCACACAAAAAUUAUGAAAUCCAUUUCGUUUUUUGUUUCCUUUCACCUUUUGUUUAUGUGAUUUGAGCACAAAUGAGUUUGAUGUUUGCCGCCAACAAAAUGGAGUUAACGCUAACCAAGUGAAUGUCAAAAACAAACACUAUUGUGACAAUAUUUAUUUAUUUCAUUUUAUGUCAUAGAUUUAUUUAAUAUUUAUUUAUGUAUUUAUUUGUUGAUUUAUAUAUUGCAAAGAGGAAAUGUAGUGGAAAGGGAAGAUGCUGAGGACAAAAAUAGAGGGGAAAGUUCUGUUGGAAUAUUGGAACAGCAUUGAAACUGACAAAAUGGCUGCUGGAGUUGAAACCAGAUUGAACCCUCUUUUCCAGAGCGAGUCAGAAAACAACCUCUUGUCCAUUCAUUCCUCAAUGUUUUAGAAACCAAUGCUGCAAAAUUUCUCCCAGCUCUUUUUGAUGUCUUUAUUGUUGAUUUGUCUUUGUUUGGUAUAAUGAAGAUUUCCCAUUUGAAGCAACAAAACAAAACUAAUUUUAAGAAAUGAACCAAGGAUAGAUUUGAUGCUUUGGGAAUUUCUGGGAUGGCAAAAAAUAUGAAAAUCUUCCAUGAAGUAAAUAAAACAUUAUCGCAUAGACACUUGAAAAAGCAGAGAGCAGGAAAGGGUGGGGAUAGUAAUCACUAAUUCCUUCUUUGUCAUAUUCUGCUAGAAUGUUGUUACUUAAGCGUACAAAGAUAUGGACACACCACCUAAAAACACUGACUGAGGGCCCAACACAACGUGCAGAACACAAGCAGUAUUCACAUACACACGGACCCUCCUGUUCUUUCAGAGAAAAAAAAUAUAUUAUAAAUUUGACCUUAAAAUUGGAAUGCACUGUCCUAAAAGACACAAAACAAAUAAAGUGGUUUCCCCCUACCAUCCCUUCGCCCUUGGCCACUGCCAUGCCCCCCCAACCCCUUCAUUACGACCCCCCUCAUACCCCUUCCCCUUGCACAGAGCGCCAAAAGAAAACACAGGUUUCGUUCUAGUCGCUCCCCUAGUCCCUCCCUAGUCCGUGUAACUCUGUGUUGUCUGUUCACACUGCUAUGCUUUAUCUUGGCCAGGUCGCAGUUGCAAAUGAGAACUUGUUCUCAACUAGCCUACCUGGUUAAAUAAAGGUGAAAUAAAAAUAAAUAAAAGUCCCUCGUCGUCACCUGGUUGUUUCAUGCCACUACCAUUAAGCACCUAUUAUCAGUCUCACCCUGCCUCACCAUUCCUUGGCUGUGACCACAGCACAGUGACUAAGAAUCACCGCUGCAAGUUAUACCACGUCCCCAUCAGCCAUCAUCACACUUCAUAUCAGUCGGAGUCAACACACUGCUACCGUAGGAAACAACUGCUUGUACAGCAAACAGGGCCAGGAGACUUAGAACCGUAGGUUAAUGUAACUCUUUAUUUAUCAUACUCUGUCUAUAACAGCUGUACUGUAUACUUAAUUGGUGUGAAUCGGCCAUUUACCAUGAAAUACGAAAAGAGUGGGAGGCAGUCUUCCUCGAUUUCCUUGCCUAGGGCUCGUCUCGCUCCCCUUCCUUACAGCAAAGAACAUGAUUAUUUAUUGUUGACUUUAGUAGCUCACCUCUCAUUGUAGCUCACACCCUUCACUCAAGGCCUUUUGGCAGGAAUCAUGUACCCAUUUUCCUACUAUCGUGACGAACCGUACUGUGCUGUCUUGGAUAUUUUCCUUUCACGUAGUCCUUUCCAGCAUGGUUCCAGGAACUAUUGUGAAUGUGUAACCAGGCUAGCCGAGCUUGUCGCCAAUGAAGUGCUGCAUGACACUACUCGAAAGCAAUGUGGCCCCGUAGGUGAUGAUGACAGUGAAUGUUUUUUUUACUGCAUUAAUAUAGGUGGAUCCAGCACCGUCCUGCACAGAAUAGUAGUAGUAAGAGUUCAGGAAUUUGUUUGAGCGCCUUAAGAUGAUGCGUACGGAGGGAGGUACAUGUCUGUUAUAUUUGCUCGACCUGUCAGUGUGUGUCCCCGGUGUCUGUGAGAUUGUGUGUGCACAACCUCUCAGAGCCCUCAUCCUCCCCACCCGCCACAUUCUAGGUCAAGAGGUCAGGGUCAUUUGAAUGGGAGAUAGAUGUGACACAAGACCCACGACCCCGCAGACUUUAAUUUUCCAUUACCCUGUGCUAAAAAACAGAGUUAGUGGGAGACCGUGUUACCUUUACCUUUUGUAUAGGUGGGGUAGGCCUCCCUGCCCAGCUCUGUUGCUUCACGUUUAAAAGAGUUUGGCUUCUAUUGGUUUCAAUUGGCGUUGUUGAGGCCAGAGGGCCUGGACGUUGCUGUUACUGAGAGCUUUGACACCCCGCCUUGCCUCGCCUGAAAACAAAAACUAGGGGAAAUGCUGGCUGGAGACACAACUAGAGCGAAACCCUUAGACAUUCUGUGUAAAUAACCGUUCAAAGUAAACGAUGGGAUGAGGGGAGAUGUUUCAACCCCAUUGUGGGUGAAUCUUACAGCAACCACCCCAACUCCCUCCUUGCCCCCUUCCUACACCCUCAUUAUCUCUUCUUAAACCCCCCCACCCUCUCAUCCAGAUGAAAAUACCUCAACCCAACCCCAUCCUUAUAUAA